AUGCGCUGCACUCUCUCUUUCGGUGUCGCCCUGGCGGCUCUUGCAGUCGUGGAAACCGCCGUCGCCAAGUCUAGUUUCUCGAUUGACUCUUCGGCGGACAUCAAAACCACCGCGGCGGCCAUUGCCUAUGACCUCAUGUCCCUCUAUAAGGGCAACCAAAGCGGCCAAGUCCCCGGCAUUCUACCCGGUCCUCCGCCUCAGGGUCUGUACUACUGGGGAUCUGCCGGUACCAUGUGGCAGUUCCUCAUCGACUACUGGUACUACACCGGCGACAGCAGCUACAACGAUGUCAUCAUGCAGGCGCUCAUGUGGCAGCGCGGCGACAAGGACAACUUCAUGCCGGCCAAUUUCACAAACACCAUGGGCAACGAUGACCAGGGGGUCUGGGCGACAGCGGCAAUGGCUGCUGCCGAGAGAGGGUUCCCCAACCCUCCUGCUGAUACGAAGCUGUCGUGGGUGUCGAUGGUAGAAACUGUGUUCAACGAAUAUGUUGAGCGGUGGGACACGAAAACUUGCGAUGGCGGCUUGCGGUGGCAAAUCAUUCCCUUCAACAAUGGAUACAACUACAAGAAUAGCGUCUCCAAUGGCUUCCUGUUCAGUCUCAGCGCCAGACUCGCCCGCUACACCGGCAACAAGACGUACGCGGACUGGGCGGAGAAGACGUGGAAUUGGGCUGAGCAAGUCGCUUUCAUUGAUAACAGCACAUCCGCUGUCUAUGAUGGUGCGCAUGUGGAGACUAGCUGCGAGAAGGUGAACAAGGUGCAGUUUAGCAUGAACAACGCCAUCUUUGUCCUGGGAGCAUCCUACAUGUACAACUACACAAAUGGAGACUCCAAAUGGCGAACCCGUACAAGCGGACUUAUCGACAACGGUGUCAAGGCCUUCUUCCCCAAGGGUAUCGCCUUUGAAGCCUCCUGCGAGAAACAAAAUAGGUGCAACCCAGAUAUGACUUUCUACAAGGGUGUCACACACCAAUGGUGGAGUGUGGCAACUACCCUCGCACCAUUUACGUCUGAAAAGGUCCUCCCUGUGCUGAAGACGUCCGCCGCCGCGGCUGUGAAGUCGUGCAAUGGAGGGUCUAGCGGCCGAUUGUGCGAGUUUUCUUGGUCCGAUGAGAAAGGUGGGAAGAGCGGCGGCGCUGGUGAAGAGUUUAGCGCUUUGGCUGCGGUUACGGGACUGCUUGUUGGUGAGAAGGGGGGACCUUUUACGGCUAAGUCGGGGGGUGGUUCCGGCAGUGGUGGUGCUGGAGGGAAUGGGGGCGAUGGGAAGAUUGAUAAUUCGACUUCGGGGGGGAGUGAUAAGGGGAAGGAUUCGGCGGCGGGCAAGGUUGGGGCUGGUGUAGUUGGGUUGAUGGUUGUUUCUGUUGGUACGAUGUUGGUUUCGGUUCUGGCGUUGUAG